ACUUGACAGCAAAUUUUCCAUCCACUCGUGGUUGCUAUCGUUGCCGUGCUUAGAUCGUUUGUCGCGGCCGUAGAAGUUUUUACGUUGAAACUACGUUAGUAAUUUGUUGCCAAAACGAUUCAAGGAACUAUUAAAUAGAUCGUGCGAUGGCAGCAGUUGAAACUAAAUUGCCGGAGGAACCGAAAAACGCGGAGUCUACCGGUCGGGAGGAUGCAGUGCUUGAAGUCAAUGAGAAAAGUGAAGUGAAUACGUCCGGAGAGGGAAAUAAGAAAAAGAAAAAGAAGAAUAAUAAGAAAAAGGAAGCUCAAAAACAAAACGAAGAAACCAAUGGUGUGACAGAAGAAGGAAAAGAGGAAAAUGACGAUGAUGAUGAUGCCAACGAAGAAGAUGGCAACGAUGAGAGCAAGCAACCGGCCUCAGGUGAUGGUACCGAUGCUGCCAAGAAAAAGAAAAAGAAGCCUAGGAAUAGGAAUAAGAACAAGGGCAAAAAAUCGGAGAAUGGUCAAACCAAUCCUCCGUCAAUCCCGAUCGCGGAGCUAUUUCCCGAAGGCAAUUUCCCUGAAGGUGAAAUCAUGAAUCAUCCAGCAGUAGACGACCGUACUGCAAAAGAUCGAUUUACGAGCGAAGAAAAACGAGCUCUGGAUCGUAUGCACGGUGAUAUUUACAAUGAACUUCGCCAUGCAGCAGAAGCUCACCGUCAGACGCGACAGUACAUGCAGAAAUACAUUAAGCCGGGAAUGACAAUGAUUGAAAUUUGCGAAGAGCUGGAAAAAACAGCCCGAAAAUUGAUUGGAGAGAAUGGCUUAGAAGCAGGUCUUGCUUUCCCAACGGGGUGUUCGUUGAAUCAUUGUGCUGCGCAUUACACUCCGAAUGCUGGCGAUACAACGGUUUUAGGCUAUGAUGACGUCUGCAAAAUUGACUUUGGAACUCACAUCAAGGGACGAAUCAUUGAUUGUGCAUUCACAUUGACGUUCAACCCAAAAUACGACAAACUUCUGCAAGCGGUGAAAGAUGCUACGAACACGGGUAUCAAGGAGGCCGGAAUCGACGUAAGGUUAUGCGAUGUCGGAGCAGCUAUUCAAGAGGUAAUGGAAUCUUAUGAAAUUGAACUGGAUGGUAAGACAUACCAAGUGAAGAGCAUCCGAAAUUUGAACGGCCAUUCGAUAAGUCCUUAUCGCAUUCAUUCAGGAAAGACUGUCCCAAUCGUUAAGGGCGGCGAAAGCACUCGAAUGGAGGAGAACGAGUUCUAUGCCAUUGAAACGUUCGGUUCCACCGGACGAGGUCUUGUACAUGACGAUAUGGAUUGUUCACAUUACAUGAAAAACUUCGACGCACCAUUCGUGCCACUUCGAUUGGCUUCCUCGAAAUCGUUACUGAAUACAAUUAAUAAGAAUUUCGGAACAUUGGCUUUCUGUAAGCGUUGGCUCGACCGUGCGGGAGCGACGAAAUAUCAAAUGGCUCUGAAAGAUCUUUGUGACAAAGGCGUCGUGGAAGCGUAUCCACCACUUUGUGAUAUCAAAGGAUGCUAUACAGCUCAAUACGAACACACGAUCAUGUUGCGGCCAACUUGUAAAGAAGUUGUAUCACGUGGGUCAGAUUAUUAAGAUACAUACUCAAGCGUGAUGUAUGAGAAACUACAGUUUAGGGAGACGGAAAGUUGAUGAGUAAUGAAGAUGGAAAUGAGAAAAUUUAAUCAAGGUUUACUCUAAUUUAAUUUAAUGAUAAAUUGAAUACAGUUUAGAACAUCAAGUGUAUGCAUUGAGAAGAGAAGAAUAGUUUGUUAUAAUAUUUUUACCCGAAAUAAAAUGUAUCUGGUCAUUCUUACAA